AUGAAGGUCUCAAGAUCCUCGUGGCAUUGGUACGCCGCUAUCGGCGCUUUAUUACCUGGCUUGCUUGUCAAUGGCAGCCCAUCUGUGAAUGUUGCCCUUCAAGCUUCAUUCGACUCAUCUCCGUACUUGGUGGAGUUGCUAGAGUCGGCCGCUGAAGAGAAUGCGACAUCAUACUUCCCAUUACUCGACCGAAUUGCUGGCGGUGCUUUCGAAGAUGCCGUCACCGAGAAGGAGCUAUACGACCGCUUCUUGCAGGUCGUCCAUGAAGAUGGUCACCUUCGCACCGCCGAAAGCCUCUCCUCCUUCAAACUAUCGCUUGCCAUUCGAUCACCUGCUCCUCGAAUUCAAGCCCACUACCAAUUUUAUAACACCUCUGUUCAGCAGUCUUUGAUGGCUGCUCAAGAUGCUGCUUGUCCAGUCUGGGUUCAUUACGAGGACAAGCAAUACUGUUCAUCCGCGAUGGAGCGUGCGCAGCAGGAUGUCGAGGGAGAACUGGACCCUCGGGAAUUGCCCUUUGAUCGAGUGCUCGGGGAUUUGUCUCUGCCACCGGCUGUACUAUAUGCGGAUGUUUCGGCCCCCAUGUUCAAAGAAUUUCACGAGAUCUUGAGCGAUAUGGCAAAACAAGGCCAAAUCUCGUACCGUGUGCGCUAUCGGCCUUCUCAGCAUUGGACCUCUCGCCCAUUGUUCGUUUCUGGUUACGGCGUGGAGCUUGCUUUAAAACGAACCGAUUAUAUUGUGAUUGAUGACCGCGAUGCCGAGAAGCGGGAUGAAAACCUGAUGGAAGCUGCUCCAGAUGUCCUAAAGGAAGAUGCGCCGGCCGAUCUGCGACCUCUUUCUUCGUCCGAGGUCUCCAGAUUGGGAUUGAAUGCCGCAGCCUUUGUUAUGGACAGCGAAGACCCCUUGAACACUUUACUAAAACUAUCACAAGAUUUUCCCAAGCAUUCCUCUACGGUGGCUGCCCACAAUGCUUCGAAAGACCUCCAGAACGAAAUUCGCAUCAACCGAGCGAGAAUGAUUCCGGCAGGAUAUAAUGCGAUGUGGAUCAACGGUGUUCAAAUCGACUCGCGCCAAAUAGAUGCGUUCUCCCUAUUAGAUAUCCUCCGCCGUGAGAGGAAAUUGAUCCAAAAGUUCCGUGAUCUCGGCAUCUCCGGUCGGGAUACUGUUAGACUCUUGUCUCAUCCGGCUCUGGCAGAGGCACGCGCAGACGACGAAGCCCAGCGAUAUGACUACCGGGAUAAUUUGGAAGGUGGCGAUGUCAUUAUUUGGCUGAACGAUCUUGAGAAUGAUUCUCAAUACGAAGAUUGGCCAAAUGAUCUUGAGGCCUUCAUCUCCAGUGUUCACCCAGGACAAAUUCCGCCUGUUGGCCGCGAUUUGCACAAUGUGGUCGUGCCUAUUGACUUAUCGAACCCCGAAGACAUGCUGCUGGUUGUCAGACAACUUCACACGUUUGUUAAGCGCAUGAUUCCCGUCCGAUUCGGAUUAGUUCCCAUGGCUUCGUCAUCGGAGUCUACUGCCCAAAUGAAAGUAGCGCACUAUCUGUAUGAAACAUUUGGACUCUCAUCCUUCAUACGGUAUCUGGAAGAGUCUUUGUCUACGGCUCAAGGCGGUAAUCCGGACAAGGCGGCCUUUACUUCUGCGACUCAGGGUCAAGAAGCACGAGAAGAGAAGGAGACUGUCUCAUUAGAAGAAUUACUGAAGAGUGAACGCUACGAAGCUGUUGCCGCCACAACUAUCAAAUACCAGCGUCGCUUGAGCCUCAGCAGCGAAACUCCUAAUAUAUUGGUCAAUGGCAUUCCCAUGAGUCGUGAAGGCAAUUGGAUGCAGGAGAUGAGUAUGCUGAUCGGCCGCGAUCUUAAGCUUGUCCGACAGGGCAUCAUGGAGGGUGUUUUUCCUCCCGACGCUUGGCUGCCGGAGUUCUUUUUGGCUGCUUCGUUUGAAAGACGCAACACGUUCCUGAUGCCAGAAGAUCCAAAGAGCGUCCAGAUGGUCGACCUUGCGGAUGCCUUGGGAUUACAAGCAGAUAUCCUUGAUCAAUUUCCUCAAUUUCCAGCAAAGGAUGGUUCACGUGGUGGUAUUCAUCUCAUUGUCGUUGGCGACUUCGAGGCCAAGGAAGGAAAACAGCUGCUUUCCGAUGCGCUGACCUUCCAGAAAAAGGACAAGCGAGUCGAGAUUCUCCUCGUCUCUAACGGCGCCUCAGAUGCCGAGCAAAAAAGUCCUCUUCUAGAGAAGGUUCACCAAUCAAUAACAAAGGGCGAGGACAUCGAUCAAACUCUAGCUCUUAUUAACACCUCUGAGAAUGUGGAAAUCGAUGUUUCUGAGUCAGAAACUCAGGUGAAUCUUGGAAUUCAUCGACACCUUGCCCAAAAACUUGGGUUUGAGCCUGGUGUUGAGGGUUUAGUCGUUAACGGCCGGAUUGUGGGCCCUAUUGCCAAAGAAGAUGGCUUGACUAUAGAUGAGGUUGACCAGCUGAUCAACUACGAGCGGACGAAACGUGUUGAUGCUGUUACAAAGGCUGCCAUGAACCUAGGCUUGAACAUGCGGGUCUCCAAACCUCUUGAUCUUGCCAAGCUCUCCGCACUUGUUUCUCUAUCCACCAUCUCAGAUGUUCCCGAGGGGAUUUUUGAGUCCACCCCCGACUUCAGAAUGGAUCUGUCUGAGAAGUGGAAGAUCGGUCAUUCUGUAAUCACAGUCUCUAACUCGGAAGACCCUGCGAUUAACGUUGUUGCUUCGCUUGAUCCAGCUUCCGAAAAUACUCAACGAUGGCUACCGAUCCUCAAAGUUCUCUCUGAACUAGCUGGUGUCAAGCUCAAGAUUUUCCUUAAUCCUAAAGACGAGAUGAAGGAGAUCCCUGUCAAGCGAUUUUAUCGCUAUGUGCUCGAGUCUGAGCCUUCGUUCGCCAGUGAUGGCUCAAUUUCACGCCCCGGGGCAUCGUUUUCCGGCAUACCUGUCGAAGCCUUGCUCACACUGGGAAUGGACGUCCCCUCUUCAUGGCUCGUUGCACCGAAGGAUUCUAUCCACGAUCUGGACAACAUUAAGCUGGGCUCACUUAAGGCUGACUCCAACGUUGACGCAACCUACGAAUUGGAGCAUAUCCUUAUUGAAGGUCACUCUCGCGAUCUGACUACCAAUCAGCCGCCACGAGGAGUGCAACUUGUCUUGGGAACCGAAAAUAACCAUCAUUUUGCCGAUACCAUCAUCAUGGCCAACCUGGGCUACUUCCAAUUCAAGGCGCAGCCAGGUCUAUGGCAAAUUAACCUUAAGCCCGGCCGAAGCGAGAAGCUCUUCAAGAUCGACAGUGUCGGUGGCCUUGGCUACCGGCCCCAGCCCGGAGAUGAGAACAGCGAAGUGACUCUCCUCUCCUUCCAAGGUCGAACGCUUUUCCCCCGUCUCUCCCGCAAGCCAGGCUUCGAAGACGAAGACGUUCUAGACGAUGGACCUCGCUCUGGUUCAGCCAUGGACUUUGUAUCCAAGGGUCUCAACUUUGCCUCUGGUGUUCUUUCUAGCGUGGGUGUAGGCUCCAAAAGUGAACAUGCCGAUAUCAAUAUCUUCUCUGUCGCUAGCGGCCACCUAUAUGAACGCAUGCUUAAUAUCAUGAUGGUAUCGGUCAUGAAGAACACCAAGCAUACCGUCAAAUUCUGGUUCAUUGAGCAAUUCCUCUCCCCCUCCUUCCGUGCUUUCCUCCCUCGUCUCGCUGCUGAAUAUGGCUUCUCAUAUGAGAUGGUCACCUACAAAUGGCCACACUGGCUUCGUGAACAGCGUGAGAAGCAGCGUGAAAUUUGGGGCUACAAGAUGCUUUUCCUAGACGUUUUGUUCCCGCUUUCUCUCGACAAAGUCAUCUUCGUGGAUGCAGACCAGAUCGUUCGCACGGACAUGUAUGAUCUUGUCACCCACGACCUAGAGGGCGCGCCAUACGGCUUCACGCCAAUGGGUGACUCACGAACUGAGAUGGAGGGUUUCCGAUUCUGGAAGCAAGGCUAUUGGAAAACAUUCCUACGCGACAGACCAUACCACAUCUCGGCACUAUAUGUCGUUGAUCUAAAACGCUUCCGUGCGAUUGCGGCGGGCGAUCGUCUGCGCGGCCAGUACCAGAUGCUCUCGGCUGAUCCCAACAGCUUGAGCAACUUGGACCAAGAUCUCCCGAAUAACAUGCAACAUCACAUUCCUAUCCAUAGUCUGCCGCAGGAGUGGCUGUGGUGCGAGACUUGGUGUUCCGACGAGGAUCUUGCCACGGCGCGUACCAUCGACUUGUGCAAUAACCCGCAGACUAAGGAGCCGAAGCUUGCGCGUGCCAGACGACAGGUUCCCGAGUGGACAGUUUAUGAUGACGAGAUUGCGGCAGUGGCGAAGCGCUUUGACGCAGAGCAGGUUAGAUUUGUGCAAACGGGCGAGGAGAUGGACCGGAAGGAGAAUGUCGACGAGAAGGAAGCGGAUGAAGAUCGCAAGGAUGAACUAUAG